AGAAAAAAAAAAACCAACCUUCGAUAUCUUUUCUUCCAAGGUAGGUCUCAAAUAUUUUUUUUUCUUUUUCUUCUUACUAGAUCUAAAUCUUAUUGGUUUUGUGUCGGAUCCAGACUAUGUUCGAUUGAUUGUCUCUGUGUGUCUGUGGGGUUUCAGAAGGUAUGGCUAUGGCUGCCAAAAAGGUGGAAACUUGUUCAAUUAAUAGCCUACCAGAUGAGGUUUUGGGUCAGAUUCUGUCGUUUCUCCCUACUAAACUUGCUGCUUCCACAUCAAUUCUCUCAAAGCAGUGGAGAAAUCUGUUGCCUCUGGUUCAUAACCUUGAUUUCGAUGAGUCCAUGGUCCUUUAUCCCAACAGAACAUCAGCAACUAGUGGUGGUGGUGGCUUUCUUGAUUUCGUGGACAAAACCCUUGUAUUGCUUGGUGAUUCUCCCAUCAAGAAAUUCUCUUUGAAAUGGAAUUCUGAAAUCGACCACUCUCGCUACAACCAUCUGAUCCGCAAUGUGCUAGAACGUGGACCCUUGGAACUACACUUGUCAUCACCAUCCGACCAAUAUAUAGAGCCUGAGUUCUUAUUCAGCAAGACAUUGGUUAAACUCACUCUUUCCCAUGGAUUUUACGCCCAAGACCGUCUUCCUCCCCACGGUGUGCUUUUCCCUGCACUCAAAACUCUCUCUCUCUUUCAAGUGUGUUGUGUUGAUCUUUAUGACUGCCUCCUGGAAUCUUGCCCUUUGCUUGAGGAAUUGAACAUAUUUGCUGGUGAUCCUCUUCAACGGGGGAGUUGGAGAAAACAUAUAUGGGGUUCAUCCAUCCAGAGAACAUCCAUCUUUUACCGUUCUAAUGAUCUAGAUGCCCACUCAUUGGUUGCCCUUGAGACGCCAAGUCUUGUGUACCUUGACUACUCUAGUUAUGUCUCAGAAGAUUAUGAUGUUCAAUUGGAUUCGCUUGUCGAGGCUAGACUGGAUCUUAUAUUAUGGAAGUAUAAUGGGAAUAUCCCACUAGUAGAUGAAUAUUUUGGGUAUGAUUCUACAAAGGGUGAUGAUUGGGGUGAUGCAACCAAACUCAUUGCAGCGAUAAGGAAUGUUGUGACCCUUCACUUGUCUGCUGAUUCUCUUGAGGUGUUUCAUUUCUGCUGUAAAUCUAUGCCCGAUUUCAACAACCUUGUUAAGUUAUCUUUUGAGAGCCACAAGGAACGUGAUUGGCAAGUAUUGCCACUUCUGCUCAAGAAAUCUCCAAACCUAGAAACUCUAGUCAUUAAGGGUCUUGUGCACAAGAUUACGAAAGGAUGUGGGGAUGUAUGCAUUUGCAAACGUGUGAGGAAGAACAGAAGUUGUUGUUUAUUGUCGUGUCGAGUGAAGGUACUAAAGGUUUAUGGGUAUGGAGGAAGCUGUAGAGAAUUGAAACAGAUGAGACAUUUCAUGGAGAAUUUGAGGUGUCUUGAACUUGUGAAAGUUAAGGUUCAAGUUGAUAAGCAAGAUGAGCUAAUAAAGCUCCUCCAUGCAGCUUCUUCCAAGUGCAAGAUCCAAUUCAUUUGAGCUGACUGUUUCAUUCAUUUAUGUAGUCUUCUUUCUUUGGAUCCUCAUUCUACUUUGAUGAAAUAAUUAAGUGUUAAAACUUAAAAGUCAAUGCUACAGAACUUGUAGAA